AUGGCCGACGAACCACGACGCUCCGGGCGAGCGACCAAAGGACAGCAUACCAAAACUGCUUCCACAUCUCCCCCACCCCAGCCCAAAGAGGCCAAACCCCCAAACAAACCGAAAUCGAAGAAGAAGAAGAGUCCCCGUGACCAGCCGGAUGCGACAGAGUCCUACGACGACGACGGAGACGAGGAGCAGAUUCGCUGCAUCUGUGGCGACGACAACCCCAAAGACAAGCGCCCAUUCAUCGGCUGCGAAGCCUGCUCCGUCUGGCAACACAACAUCUGCAUGGGUAUGCCCGAUGAUGAGGACGAACUGGGCGACCAUUAUUGGUGCGAACAGUGUCAGCCCAAGGAUCACCGCGAAACCCUGGCUGCCUUGGAGAAUGACGAGAAGAUCUGGGAGACUCGGAACAAGAUCUGGCAGAAUGAGAAGAAGGCCGGGUCGAAGAGGAAGUCGAAGAGUGGCGGUCCGGCGGGCUGGUUGAAGAAGGAGCUCGCAGAUUCGGAUGACGCAGCCGAGAUGAAGGAAGAAGAGGAAGAGAAAAAGGAAGAUCAAGAGAGUGUAGUGGGCAGUAAGAGGAAAAGAGAGGCGGAGGCCAGCAGCACACCGCAGGACAUCAAGGCGGAGCCUGAAGAGAAAGCUGCGCGGGGUUCGAGGCAAGACAAGAGGCGCAAGCCGACCGCGAAUGGCGCUGCAUCCGCAGAUCCGGAGACGGCGCUGGUGGACAUCGACAACCUUCCCGAAAGCAGGAAGAAAGCGGCCACAGUCCUCAGCAAAAUCAUUGCCGACGAUGCCCAGACUCGCUCACAAGCUCGAUCGUUCCGUAUCCCGGACGGUCACACCGCCAAAUCCUUGGGCGAUCACCACGCUGCACGCAUCGAAUACGCAUUGACGAUGAAUCACGAAGGGCCCGAAAACCCAGCCUACGGCACUCAGUUCCGCGCGCUCAACGCAAACCUCAAGAAGAAUAAGCUGCUCAUCGAACGCCUACUCAAUGGUAGCCUGACGGCAGAUGAACUGAGUACGAUGGAAAGCAAGGACAUGGCGUCGGAGGAGCUUCAGCGGGAGAAUGCGCGGCUUAAGGAGGCAGCAGAUCGUCAAGCUGUUGCCGUCCAGGAAGAGGGACCGCGGUACAGACACACUCACAAGGGGGUCGAGCUGAUUGAGGAUGAGAACGCCAUUUCGACAGAGGCCGCGCGAUCGAUCCAGGCGCAGCCGGUGAGAGAGAGAUUGAGCGUGGCAGAAGGAGGAAGUCCACCGGCUGAAGCGGCCGUCGCUGCGCGCCAAUCGCAAAGUCAGACGGCCCCUGAACACAGGAGGACUAGCAGUCAGCAAUUCGACAUGGACAAUAUCUGGGCCAAGACUGCGCAGUCGCCAACCACUGGUAGUGCGCCUCGACCCAUGCAACAACCGCCUCGACGACGCAGCUCCAUCAAACCGCAACACAGCGAAGCCGAUGCUGUCGGUGGCACGAAAGAGGACGCCGAUGUCGAUCGCAUGUUGCAGGAUGAUGAUGACGAGGAUUAUAGCCCGGCCGAAUACUCCGACGGCAUCGUGUGGCGCGGCAAGCUCAUCCAGUCCGCCGAUGCCAUCUCACCCACCGUCAAUGCUCGCUUUGUCGCCGGUCGCGAUCUGACAUCUACGGUCAGCUGGCGCGACCUGCUGCCGGCCCAGCUCAGCAUCGACGGUCGUCUGCAGAUCCCCAAGGCUGAAGAGUACCUCUGCUCUCUCCAGUGGAGCCAAUCGUCUGAUGUGUCCGUCCUGGCUUUGACGCCCCACGAUGACGCCGAUGGUUUCGAGGCUAUCUUCAACUACUUCAAAUCGCGCGAGCGGUAUGCGGUGGUGAACAAGGACAAGCCGCUGAUGGUGAAGGACUUGUACAUCAUUCCCGUCGACAAAGGGCAGGAAGUGCCGAAUCACGUGGGCAUGCUGGAGUUCAACCGACUCGGAUCAACGGUCGAAGAGAAGUGUCUCCUUGCCAGCUUUGUUGUCGGCAGGUCCACGGAGACGGCACCCGUCGCGCCGGGCAAUAAUCAGCAGCAGCAGCAACAGCAGCCUGCGGACUCAAUGGCGGCAAACGGCUCACAGCACGCCCUUCCACAGCACCUACGAGGCGGCGGGCCAGGACCGGCAGGCAGUCCAAUCAACAUGACCACACCCACCUUCUCUGCGCCCCCGACCGCAAAUCCCCUAAUCAACGAGAUUCUCGGGAAUCUGCAGUACACUCCGACCGCGCAACAGGUCAUCGCUGCGGAUCCGAGCAUCCCACGCGAGAAGCUGUUGCACUUGAGGAACAUACUGCUGGAGGAUCCGAACACGCAGACUGAUAUUAGCGCGCUGGCGACACGGUUGCAGUGA